CUGAUUUUCCACUGAGCUCAAAUCAACCCUAUUUGCAUCAGGUGCGUCUCUGAUUCAUCACUCCUCAUCUUCAUCUCCUUCCUCUAAAUUCUCCUUCAAUUGCACAAUUUCGAGCUUCUUUUCGACUGGAAUCAUCGAUCCUCGUUCAUAAUUUUCAAUAGCAAUGGAUGCGGUCGAAUCGGCCGGCUCCGGCAGCAAAUUCCUCAAUGUAGGGCUUCUGCUCGUCGCCACAAUCGUGGCGGCGAAGCUGAUAUCGGCGCUGAUAAUGCCGAGAUCUGCGAAGCGCCUUCCCCCGCGGGUGGCGGCGUGGCCGGUGCUCGGCGGAUUGGUCCGGUUCAUGAAGGGGCCGGUGGUGAUGCUGAAGGAGGAGUACCCUAAGCUUGGUAGCGUGUUCACACUGAAUUUCCUGAAUAAGAAUAUCACGUUCCUGAUCGGGCCGGAGGUCUCCGCGCAUUUCUUCAAGGCGCCGGAGUCGGAUCUCAGCCAGCAGGAGGUGUAUCAGUUCAAUGUGCCGACGUUCGGGCCUGGGGUGGUGUUCGAUGUGGAUUAUACGAUUAGGCAGGAGCAGUUCAGGUUUUUCACUGAGGCGCUUAGGGUGAAUAAGCUCAAAGCCUAUGUUGAUCAGAUGGUUUUGGAGGCGGAGGACUACUUUUCAAAAUGGGGAGAGAGUGGCGAAGUCGAUCUGAAGUAUGAAUUGGAGCAUCUCAUCAUACUGACAGCCAGUAGAUGCUUGUUAGGUGAAGAAGUUCGCAAUAAGCUCUUCGAUGAUGUUUCUGCUCUCUUCCAUCAUCUUGACAAUGGAAUGCUCCCUAUCAGUGUUAUUUUCCCUUACCUUCCAAUCCCAGCUCACCGUCGUCGUGACCAAGCACGCAAGAAGCUUGCUGACAUCUUCGCAAGUAUCAUUGCUUCACGUAAAGAAACGGGCAAGAAAGCUAAUGAUCUGUUGCAGUGCUUCAUAGAUUCCAAGUACAAAGAUGGGCGACCAACGUCUGAGUCAGAGGUCACCGGCUUGCUUAUUGCUGCUCUCUUUGCCGGCCAGCACACGAGCUCCAUUACUUCAACAUGGACUGGGGCCUACCUUCUUUGCAACCCCAAAUACAUGUCGGCCGUGCUGGAGGAGCAGAAAACAAUUGUGCAAAAACAUGGAAACGAUGUCCACUAUGACGUUCUAGCAGAGAUGGAAGUUCUCUACAGAUGCAUAAAAGAAGCACUGAGGCUCCACCCUCCAUUGAUAAUGCUUCUCCGGAGCUCACACAGCGAUUUCACCGUGAAGACAAAGGAAGGGCAGGAAUACGACAUUCCCAAGGGACACAUCGUGGCUACUUCUCCUGCCUUUGCUAACCGCCUCCCACAUAUUUACAAAGACCCGGAGACAUAUGACCCUGAUAGGUUUGCUCCGGGAAGAGACGAGGACAAAGCUGCAGGGGCUUUCUCCUAUAUCUCCUUUGGAGGUGGCAGGCACGGGUGCUUAGGGGAGCCGUUUGCCUAUCUGCAGAUCAAGGCGAUAUGGAGCCAUCUUCUCAGAAACUUCGAGAUGGAGCUCGUUUCUCCGUUCCCAGAGAUCGACUGGAACGCAAUGGUGGUCGGCGUGAAGGGGGAAGUGAUGGUGCGGUACAAACGCCGAGCUGUGCCCCUCAACUGAUCGGGGCGGGCAAGGAAGGCAAUGGCAGGUUCAUCUUAAGCAUAUUUCGUAUUGCAGGUUUGGUUUAUUAAUCUUUUUUUUUUUCAAAGUGAUGAAUCCAUCAAACUUUGCUCUCAUUAUCUAGAUGUUUAUCAUUGUUUACUGUUGUGCUCCAGACUUUUGCAGUAUGUCAAGGCGUUAUGUAGUUUUCCUCUA